AUGACACCCACUCUUCAUUUGCCCUCCAUGGAACGCUACAGCCCCAAGGACAAACAGAGCUUCUCAUACAAGACAGUAGUGCACCGAUGGCCUGUCAUUCUGACCAACAUCGUGUCCGCGGUCGUCUCGGCCAACCACGAGCUUGACCAGUCGGAAACAGCCAAGUUGGCGGAAGGCAAGGAGAUCAUCAGAAAGCUCAGCGAACUCAAGCACCACAUGGGACGUAACCGUGUCCUCGAGCCAAUCCCCGAAGACGGAGAUGCGAAUCGCGCAUGCUACAACGACGAGCUGGCAGCGACGCCAGAGGAAGACAAGCGGUGGUUCACGAUGAACUGGCUCUUCGCCGAGUGCUACCUCUACCGCCUUCUGCGGUCGUUCUUCGCCGUAACGACCCACUGGAAGUCCUAUGACCCCUUCUUCGAGUCCAAGGCCCAGACGUACAAGAGCAGCUCGGGUGCUAUCGUGCACCUCGCCAACGCGCUCAACUCUAUGGUCGCGAACGUACGCCUCCAGGACGACUGGGAGGCGAAGAGCAGCCCACUCGAGAUGGCCUUCUGGGAAAUGGUCCAGGCGGAUCUGUGGGGCAAUGCAACCGACCUGUCACUGCUCGUCGACCUCAACUACGCCGACCUGCAGAAGCUGCAGGCCGUCGGAGCAGCCGCCCAGCAGGAGCAGGCGACCAGAAUCCUGCGUGAUGACCUGCCGCGCGUGUGGGAGCUCCUGAAGACAGUCAAGGGCGGGCGAGUGGACAUUGUCCUGGACAAUGCUGGCUUCGAGGUGUACACCGACCUUAUUCUGGCCGACUUUCUUGUGUCCUGUACGCCCUUUGUCAACACGGUCGUCUUCCACCCCAAGAUGAUCCCAUGGUUCGUCUCCGACGUCCUGCCUGGUGACUUUGAAUGGGCGAUCGAAUCACUCCUCAACCCCGAGUUCUUCUCGGCACACGCCAACAUAUCAGAGGCGGACACGCAGGGGCUGAUUGCACUCAGUAACAGGUGGCGUUCGCACGUCGCGUCAGGAGCAUUCCACCUGUCGGUCCCUACCAGUACUCCAAUCGGCACCGACGCUCCGGCAGCCAACUUCUGGACGACGCAGUACGCGUAUGCCGACCUGCCUGCCCUUGAUCCCGAACUGCUCGCCGAGCUGCAGAAGUCGGACCUUGUGAUCUUCAAGGGUGACCUGAACUACCGCAAGCUCGUCGGUGAUUGCAAGUGGCCCACAACCACACCGUUCGAGGAGGCUCUUGGCCCACUUAACGGCAAAAUCAACCUCGUGUCUCUACGCACAAACAAGGCGGAUACUAUCUGUGGCCUUGGCCCGGGUAUUGAAGAGCGCCUCGACGUCGAGGCGCCCGACUGGCGCGUCUCUGGCAAAUACGCCGUCGUGUCGUUCUCGCCGCGUACGCUGUAG